AUCUAAUAUUUAAAAUAUAACAUAAUAGCCGUAGCGCAGAACGUUUUGUAAUAGAACCAAAGACGUAGUACAACAAUAAUAUAUUUACGCAAUCCAGCCUGUGAUUGGUCUAAAAUUUCGUCCAUCUUAGCGCUCAGCUGAUCGUUGUUGUGAGCUGGUAAUUUAAGAUGUUGCGCUUAGGGGCAUCUCGCUUGCUCCAGCAGGGGAGUGGCCGUGCUGCUCUGCUGGGAGCACGUUCCCAGGCCUCUGCUCCCGAGAAGGUAGAAGUUUUCAUAAAUGACAUUAGUGUAAUGGUAGAACCAGGAACUACUGUUUUGCAGGCUGCUGCUGCUGCUGGUGUUGAAAUCCCACGUUUUUGUUAUCACGAACGCUUGUCAGUUGCUGGAAACUGCCGCAUGUGUUUAGUGGAAGUAGAAAAGGCCCCCAAACCUGUUGCUGCAUGUGCAAUGCCUGUUAUGAAGGGGUGGCGCAUCAAGACUGACAGUGAUAUGACACGCAAAGCCAGAGAGGGCGUAAUGGAAUUUUUGCUUAUCAAUCAUCCUUUAGAUUGUCCUAUUUGUGAUCAAGGUGGAGAAUGUGAUUUGCAGGACCAGAGUAUGUCUUUUGGAUCUGACCGCUCUCGGUUUUUAGACAAGAAGCGAGCCGUGGAAGACAAAAAUAUUGGCCCCUUAGUGAAGACUAUUAUGACUCGUUGCAUUCAUUGCACACGCUGUGUUCGCUUCGCAUCAGAGAUUGCAGGUGUAGAGGACCUAGGGACAACAGGCAGAGGCACUGACAUGCAGAUUGGAACAUAUGUUGAGAAAAUGCUGAUGUCAGAGUUGUCUGGCAAUGUCAUUGAUCUUUGUCCAGUAGGAGCUCUAACUUCCAAGCCAUAUGCUUUUACUGCAAGGCCAUGGGAAGUUCGUCGUACUGAUUCCAUUGAUGUCUUAGAUGCCUUAGGGUCCAACAUUGUUGUGAACCACCGAACUGGAGAAGUUUUGAGGAUUUUGCCACAGACUAAUGAGGAAAUCAACGAAGAAUGGUUGUCUGACAAGUCCCGUUUCUCUUAUGAUGGACUGAAACGACAAAGAUUAGUUCACCCCAUGGUCAAAGAUUCGAAUGGGGAACUUCGACCUUGUGAGUGGGAAGAUGCCCUUAUUGUGGCUGCUAAGGCUCUUCAGGCAGCUGAUGGGUCCGUGGCGGCUGUUGCUGGGGGACUUGCUGAUGCCGAAUCUCUUAUUGCACUAAAGGAUAUCGUCAACAAGCUUGGAGGUGAAAAUGUAUGCACUGAAGAGAUUUUCCCUGAUGCAGGAACUGGAACAGAUCUUCGCUCAUCUUAUUUGUUAAACACUAAAAUUGUUGGGGUGGAGGAAGCUGACUUAGCACUACUUGUUGGAACAAACCCUCGAUAUGAAGCCCCACUUUUUAAUGCAAGACUCCGUAAGGCUUGGACUCAUAAUGACCUAGAUGUUGCUAUGAUUGGACCAAAUGUCAAUCUGAGCUAUGAUCAUGAGAACCUAGGUGAUGAUACAUCAAUUAUUCAAGGACUCUUGGAUGGCUCUCAUCCAUUUGCUGCGCGCCUUUCAUCUGCUAAGCGACCUAUAAUUGUUGUUGGAUCAGCACUCCUGUCUCGGCCUGAUGGAGGAGCUCUAUACGCAAAACUUUUAGAAUUGUCUCAAAAGAUUCGCCUUGGUUGUGAAGGAGGCUCAGACUGGCGAGUGUUGAAUGUAUUGCACCGAGUUGCCUCCCAGGUAGCUGCAUUAGAUCUUGGUUAUAUUCCUGGUGUGGCAAACAUUCGAAAUUCUCCUCCAAAAGUCUUGUUCAUGCUUGGAGCAGAUGAUGGGGCAAUUACACGUGAAGACCUUGCAAAGGAUACUGUUGUUAUUUAUCAGGGUCAUCAUGGUGACAAAGGUGCAGAAAUGGCAGAUGUUGUAUUACCUGGUGCAGCCUACACAGAAAAGAAUGGGACCUAUGUCAAUACAGAGGGUAGAGCUCAGCAGACUAGAGCUGCUCUUGUACCACCUGGAAUGGCACGUGAGGACUGGAAAAUCUUGAGGGCUCUUGCACAGAUAUCUGGAGUUUCCCUUACAUAUGACAACUUAGAGGCUGUUCGAGCACGACUGGCAGAAGUUUCUCCCAAUCUGACUCGUUAUGGAGAUGUAGAAGAAGCAAACUAUUUUGCACAAGCCAGUGAACUUGCCAAGCUUGUCCAAGGAAGUGUGGAUGCAGCUCCUGUAGAUGUUCCACAAAAGAAUCUAGAAGACUUCUACAUGACAGAUCCCAUCACUCGAGCAUCAGCUACAAUGGCAAAAUGUAUUGUAGCUGUUAAGAAAGAAGCUGCGAAUAAAUUUCAUGAUUAAGUAGUUUGACUGUAAGAGACUAAAUUAAUUGUUUCAGUUUUUGUACAGUUAGUUGCAGAGUUGAUAUUACCAGAAGGUGGCAUACAUGUCAGGGUUAAUGGCAAUACUGCUACUGUACACCUGAGUUUAAUGAAGAAUUAAAGUUGACCUGUUGAUGCAUGAGUUUUUGUAUAUAGAUAUGUAUUGUCUUGGGGAAUUGGUUAACUCCAUUCAAUUUCACAGCCUCAUUUAUCAUUCUGUAUUUAAACCAGAAUACCUUAGUUUAAACCCUAGGAAUGUAAUGUAGCUGGUGACAAAAAUUUUUUAUCAUUCAUUUGAUAUUUGCCAGUUUCCUGUUUCUUAGUGAUGAAUGAGUGUACAGACAUAUAUUUUAUUUGUACAGAUGUCCUAAUAAAGGUAAUUUAUUAGAA